UACUUUUGCACUGGGGUUAUUGCCGUAAUUCCUGAUGAGAGUUAGUGUGAUAAAUUAAACACAUAAAAAUGCAAAAAAAUAUGAUUCUUUUAACAUUGAGGAAACAAAAAUCGGCUUGGCUCCUCAAGGCUUUUUCUUCAGUGAGCACAGAACUUGUUUAUCUCUUUCAUGGCUGAAACUGAAGAUUAUUUUCAUCGUUGAUAAAUCUGUCAGUUAUUUUCUUGAUUAAUUGAUUUCUUUUUUUGGUCUGUAAAAUGCCCAAGAUGACCUCCUCAAAUCUCUUGUUUGUCUCCACAACUUUAAAGAUAUUAAGUUCAUCGUCGCAGAGGAAGUAAACCAAAAAGUAUUCUCAUUUAAGAAGCUGGAAGCCUCCAAAAAUCACCCACUUUUAAUUAUCAUUUUAUUUCAUCAAUGUAUUAUCUGGUCAUUUUAAAGCGCCACCAAAAGGUUUGAGUGGCCUUCAAUCGUUAUGUUUCGGUGUUCGUGUUGUUCGCCAUCUCCAUUGACAUUUUUGCCAUUUUUGGGUUCUGCAAUAGAAUAAAUUCCUGUCCUUAGAUAAGAUUUUGCGUUCAUGGACCAGAGACAGUUUCCACAUUACAAAUUAAAAACCAUUAAACAUUGUGUUUCCUGUGUUUCAGGGCUUCCUGGGAGAACAAUGGAUGAGACCCGUCAGUAGCCCUUGAUGAAGAUUUCGACCGACUCCUCAAUCUGAACGAUGGAGGGAAGUGACGACGCGUCCGCCACCAUGACCCAGUCCCAGUCUGACGGGGGCAGCGCCGUGGUGGGAGGAGGAGGAGGAGGAAACACCCCCGGUAAAGUGGAGGAAGGAGUGAACCCGCUUGCUCCUGCUGCUUCCUGCGGCAGCAAAGGUGGUGCGGAGCCUCCUGCACCGGCAGCGGCAAGUCCCAGCGCCGAAUCUCUGGGAGGCGUGGCGCUUAAAGUCGCCACGACCGUUCUGCACCCGGUGUGCUUGGGAGACGGCCCGCUGAUGCUGCCCAUCCACCUCCAGAUGGCCGGUGCAGCCGGGUCUCAGCUCGGCCAGAUGGGGGCAGCGCCGUACCUGAUAGCGAGCCAGAGCCCCGUUUCGCUCCCGUUGGUCCUGGACCAGCAGGUCCUCCAGCACAUGAGCCCCUCCGUGAUCCCUCAGACCGCCGGCUGCCCUCAGCUCCAGAGCAGCGUCCUGUGUCAGAACCCGUUCGACCAGAAGUCGGCGGGACAGACGCAGGACGCCAACCUGCUCUCCCUCCUGCAGAAUCCUGCGUUUGUGGCCAUCUUGCAGGAUCUCUUCCCCUCCCAGGCCGGAGCGUCGACCUGCCAGUCGCCAGGCUCCGCCUUCUUCCCGCUUCCUCCCCUCUCGGCCCCCUACGCCUCCCCCCUGGCCCCGUUAGUCCCCCCCGCCACGCUUCUGGUUCCCUACCCCGUCAUCAUCCCCCUGCCUGUCCCGCUGCCCGUCCCCCUGCCCGUCCCCAUUCCCGCCCCCCAGGCCGAGGACUCAAAGGGGAACAUGCCUAAACCGGUUUGCACUGCGAGUAAAAGCACUCAGACGUCUCCUAAAGAUACUACCUCUCCUCCUCCGCCGUCGUCGUCACGCAGGUGCGUGUCUUCAUUAUUGCCGCCACACGCGUCCCCGUCCUUUCUUCCUGCAGAUGAAGGACAAGCUUUGGACCUUUCUGUCCGAGCGUGCCCGGUAGAACUGAAACAGGAAUACCCGAGUCCUCAGCAGGACGACGUGCUCGACCUGUCGGUGCCGGCAGCCGCGAGGAAAAAGUGCGUCCAGUUGACCAGAGAAGCGUCUUUCCGUUCUGGUCAAGAUGGUGGCGGCACGUCUUUGUCUCUGGACUCCAAACUCCUGGGCAGUCUGGCAUCGCUGGAGUUCAGCCGGCAGCACAAGUGGGUGGUCGACAGCGCUGCCGGCGGGUCCGGCUCUCUGGGUCAACAGAGCGGCGCCGGAAACCUGGAGCUAGUCAGCGCCUCGCAGACGGCCAAAGUCAUCGUCGCAGUGAAGGACGCCAUCCCCGCCAUCCUCUGUGGGAAGAUCAAAGGCCUCUCGGGCGUCUCCACAAAGAACUUUUCUAUCAAACGGGACGGCAGCCAGGCGUCGUCGCUGCAGCAGCUCUACGUGGUGCCGUCGGCGUCCCACGGGGACCAGCACGACCCCAACAACCCGCAUAAGAAGCCCCCCAAGAACAGGGCCAUCAAACUGAAGAAGGUCAGCUCGCAGGAGAUCCACUUCCUCCCCAUGAAGAAGCAGAGACUGGCAGCGCUGCUUCCCAGGAAGUGAAUGCGAGAGAUGAGGGAGGGAGGGAGAGGGGGGGGGGGGGGGGGGGGGGGGGUUUAACAUAAACACAUGUGGGGACAUUCUGUAAUCAAACACUUACUUGUCCAAUCAGAGUUUUUGGCUCCAAAUGUUGCUCAAACUGAGACUCAUGAAUGUCUGAAGGUGAACACAGAAGUUUCAGAGAUGAUCUCUGACUUCCUGUGUUGUUGUCUUUUGUAAUGCACUACUCUACUACUGAA